CGUGCGCUGGACUCACAACUUGCAAUGGAUAAGGCGCCACCGCCAAAACCGCGUCGUACGCGACAUAGAAUCAGUGCUAUGCACUAUGAAUCCCUACCGACGGCCCCGCCUGCCAUGUGCGGACGUGCCGAUGAGAACAUUUUUCAAUUUCCCGCUGUGGCGUCGCGUGCACGCAAUCUCUCAGCCUCGCCCAAGUUGCGCGAGGAGAAGGAUUUGCCGGUGUGCGAGCAUGGAAAGCACAGCUGUUACUUCUGCCAGCCAUACCGGGCAGAUCGUGGCACUAUUGAGCCGCUCAAGAAUCGACUCAACACUGCCAUUGAGGCCAUGGAUCAGCUCACUCGCACCUACGCUUUGCUUGAGGGCCUGUUGGAGCAAAAACUGGCCACCAUCACGGACAACGAGGAGGAUCCAACGACCGAGAUUGAAUUAGAAGCGGCAGCUACGCCAAAAGCUACGCCAGCUCCAGCGACAACAAGUCCCACUGGCGAUAACGAAUUCGAGCUGGAGCACUCGCUGACCUGGUUGGAAUCACUGCUAGGCACUGAGGUGGUGCCACCCACAAAGCAGGGCAAGUUUAAGCGAAUACGCGAGCGCAGCAAAUCCAUGAUGGAGGAUGAGAUACAUAUGUAUUUGAAGGGCGAACGCCAGCUAAAGAUGAGCUCGUCGCGUCCAUAUUUGUUGCGACGCCAGUCCACCUACAGCGACAACAAGUCGAAGGUGUCCAAGUGGACCAAGGUAAAAGCUGCCUUUAAAUGGGAACGAGCCAAUGUGCCGCCCACGAGUGGCCAGGAAUCAAACUCAUUGCUGCCACUGAAUCUAGAAGUUGAAAGAUAUUUAAAGGUGCCCAUUAGUACUGCUGGCGGCAGCAGCUCUGCGGACAGCAUCAUUAGCUCCUCGUCGGGCCACUUUAUGAGCGAAACGGGCGGCACGCCCGGCACCAUCAGCUCGGCCAGCUCCAUGGAUGAGCUGCACACGGAUGCUGGCAGUCGCCAAGCUAUGCGUCGCCACUCAUCGAAGAGCGACACGAAUGCCUCCAGCUAUGAGGUGGAGCUGCGCAAAUCCGCCACAGAUGAGCGCUUAGAUACGGCCAAACCAGCGCUGCCCAGCAAAUCUUCUUCGAAUAAAUCCUUACGUCGCUCGAAAGCCUUCUCCGACUUUGAGGUGCUGCCAGAGGAUCAUGUGGCGGACAUUAAGUCAACGAGCAGUAGACGCAACAAGCUGCCGCCCAGUCCACUAAAUCUCAAUCAGGUGUGCAGCGAUCUGCCACAGCUGCACUCACCGCUCAAGAGUCCCAAGGAUGGCAGUCAAGCCAUGUCGCGUAUGCGUCAGGUUAGCUCGCCGGGCAACUCCUCCGUGCCGAGCAGUCCAUCCAGGCAUUCGGAUUUCUUUGGUGAAUUCGAGAGCGAGGAACUAUCUAGUGGUGUUUCUUCCGAGCCCACAACGCCAAACUGUAAGACUUUCACACAGAAAGAAGAUGAAGUAUUUCAACAUUAUCAACUUCUACUACUCAAACUAGAUACGGAGUUCAAGCUAAAGCAACUCGAUUUCGAACGAUCCAGCGCGAGUAAUCGCAGUAAGCCCCACGACCGAGAUCCAGGUAAUCCCCCGGCCAGACCUAAUCCCGAUUCAUUUCCAGGCGUCAAGCUGUGCAGCGGCGGUGGCAGUGGCAGCGGCAAACGCAGCAGCGAGGAGCAUUCACCCACACAGCUAUUGCACAGCGAUCUUAUGUCCACCGAGCAGCUAGAGCAGAAUCUGACGCCACAGUUCAAGAAGAAGCUGCACAAGUGGCGCGCCAAGCAGCAAAACUCCAACUGUUAUGCCAGCUCUGAGCCAGCGGCCAGUCCCACAGCCAAGAGUCUAAGUGGCGGCGAUUUGAAGCCCAAAAUCGAUUGGAAUCUUUGGAGCUCGGGAGCACUGAAGCUCGAAGGUCAGGGCUUGUGUGCGCUGCCAGACCAAAAGGAUUUGCCCGAAAAGUUUCAAAAGAAGCUGGGUGAGUUGUGUCCAGUUGUGUGCAUAGAUCCUUACUUCUACACACCGUAUUCACCAGAGCAAUGGAAUCGCUUGAAAUGUGCGCCGGGUGGCGGCACCAACUCCGACAAUGAUUCCCUCAAGCGUAACUCUAAGCACAGCCAGUCCACGCGCCGCGGCUCUGAUGAUGAUCGCUGGUACAAGCAUAAGCCGCACGACAAUGAAAAAUUGGCGCGCCUUAAGGCCAUUGUGGCACCGGAUCAUACGUCCAAGAAUAUCGAGGUUAAGACCUCGGAUGGCGAGGUGAUGAAAUUCGAGGGCAUCUCACGUAAAUUCACACGCAAACUUUACGAAUGGGAAAAGGCCAGAGGCAUCGGACCAGAGGCUUCCACCUUUGCGCUGCUGCAUCCUGGCUACUGUCCCAUAGAUGUGCGACGCAUCAACAAGGAGUGCAAUAAGCCCACCACCGAGCACUCGCCGACAUUAAGCCGCUCAUUGUCGCUGGAUAGUGUGGCUCCGAGCGUCAAUCAGGCACAGGUCAUAUCGCAGCAGGCCUCGUCGCUGUCCCUGAACGAUGUCAACGACUUGAAGGAGAUGGAGGACUGUAGAGAUUCGGCCGAGCACGAGUUCAAGAAGUACGACGAACCCGAGGCAGUUAUGGUCGAAGUAGAGGAGCACAUACAUGACACCGCCUCUCCGCUGGUGACUGCCCACACGCUGGUCGAGCAGCAAACGCCCAUUUACAAAUACGAGGAGGUGCAAUGCAAUGACUAUGUCAACUCGCGACGCGUCCAGAGCUUUGAGUCGCACACAAACCUAGCCCCGCUGCUGGGCGCACUGAAACGUGCCGACGAGCUGUUUGCCCAGCUGAAACAGUCCACGCCAGACAUUGUGGAGCAGGUGGCAAUGCGGGACUGUCAAACUGCAUUGCUUAGCAUACGCAGCAUUUAUCCAUACUACUCCAACAAUUUGAUGAAACCGAACGUGCUGAAUGCCGUGUCCGAUGUGCAGAGUGAUUUGGGCCGUCUGGCUGAGCUGAGUCUUAAGUCACCGUUGGACGAGGCAUGUUGUCAGGAAACAAUGGAGGAGCGCACUAAUGAGUACAUGGAGGAGCUGCAAGGCCUCCACGAAUCGCUAUUGUGCCUCAAGUUGAGCAUACAGGGCGGCACGAAUCGUUUCCCUCGCGAUAUUGUGCCGGACAUCAACAUAACAGGCGAGGAUGGACAGCAGCUGGAGAGCAGCUCCGCUUAUGCCACCUGCGAUGCUUCUAGUCGCGAUCGUCUGUCGCUGGAGGAGCACAGCGCUGCCUCACCUUCACCCAUGGAGCACGAGACAGAGACCAGUACCACAACGGGUACCCUGUGCCGAGCUAGUAGCUCCAUCACUGCAUCCAAGAAGAAGCUUCGUCUGCGCAAGAUGGGUUCACGUCAGAACAGCAGAACGGAGAGCGACAGCAGUGAUGCGGAUACUCACAGUGUGCUGGAGACACCUCGUCGCAUGCGCCGCAAGAACUUUCGGCUAAAACAGCGCUCCUUGGAUGAUGACUUUCGCUUGGGCUCCAUGGUAGUCACUGGCCAUACGCAGCCUCCAGAGGCGGAUGAUAUCAUUUGCAGCUCACUUAAGGUCAAGCCAGGCGAACGCAUUGAGGAGUCACACAGCAUAGCCAGCAGCAUUGCGCAGUCGUUGGCCAAGCCGAGUGGGUUUGUGCCACCGCCACUGCCGGAGCUGCAUACGCGCAGCUACAACACCAAUGCCAAUGUGUUUGUAAAGACCAAGCGCAAGCUGUUCACCACAGUGCUAGAGCCCACGGCAGCUGAAGGCGUAGCGCUCAUCGAAAAGGAGCUGGAGAGUCCCACGCAUAGCGUUGAGGAAGCACUGUCGCCCAACUCGAAGUUGGCGACAAAGUUGACAACUCCGCGACCGCUAAGUCUCUACAGAUCCAUCAGCUUGGAGCGCUUGUCGCCGUUGCGACCCAAAGAUGAGCUGCGCAAAUGCCAGAGCAGCGAGAAUAUGCAUCGAUCAUCUAUUAUGGUGCGGCCGCCGCUCGCUAGCGAUAGCAUUCAGCGCUUGGCACGUUCCAAGCGCCAGCUGGCUACGUCUGCAUUUCCUCAAGUGCCGCCGCGUAAGGCGCAUCUUUACAAGAAGAACUCGCUGCACAAGUCGCAAAGCGCCACCGUCAGCAACAACAUUGAGCACAAGAUCGCCAAGACUAGCUCUGGCUCCACUGUGAGCAGAGCCUGCCCAGUGUCGGUGUCCAUAGUGCUGCCCAACAAGCUGGACAAUACACUGCCUCGCAUACAGCGCAAACUCGAGGGCAAAGGCAAGGCCCUGCUGACGCCUACCAAACCAAAACAUUUUGAGUUUCCGCCACCUGUUUUGGAACCACAACGUCCAGUAACGCCGUUGUCGGAGCGAGCCCUGCGCCUGCAACAGGCCAAGGCACAAUUUCUGCAGAGUGCGCCCGUAACGCCCAGGCAGGAGCCGACGACGCCCAUUGCCCUAAACGAUGCGGCUCUGCUACACAAGAGCGUUAGCGUGGGCAGCAUGCGGGGCAGUGCAGGCUGUUCCACAGAACAGUUACACCAACAACAGCUGCAGCAACAGGAAGUGACCACGGAUCAGGAGAGCGUAAGCAACUCCAGUGCCUAUGAUAGUUUGCCUCGCUCUGUUAGCCGAUCAGCUCGAAUCUCCAGUAAGCUCGGCUUUGCCACAUUGGCUUCCAAGUUGCGCCGCGGUGGCAAAAAGCCCAAGGACUCAUCUGGCCCCAUGCCGGGUGGCAGUGCUCUGUCCGCACUCUGCCGCCAAACGCUGAUGGCCGAUGUAAUUGCUUUGCCGCAGGUCUUUGGAAGCGACCGACCCCCGCCCAGUCCCAGUGCUUCCACUUCUUCGCCCGCACGCAACGUGCACAAGUCACAAAGCUCACCGCAGGCGGCCCUGGCUGCGGGAUCCAUAUCGAAUUUGCAUGGCAGCUACGAGGGCAUCAAUAAAUCCCUCAGCGAGCAGUUUGUGCGCCAGCUAAAAGAGAGCGACGUCUAGUCAGCCAUUAACGAGUACCUCUAAGUUUAGAUCUAAGCAUAGCAGUGGGUCUCCUUCCAUUGGCUACUAAAGUACUUACCAAAUAUAUCCUUAAUCAAAUACCUUAAGUUAUUGUCUGAGUAUCGAAUGAAUUCUUGGAAAUGACUAACUAAAGAAAAGUUGACUAAAAAAUCUUAAAUGAAUUAACCAUAAUUAGCUUCUUACGAACCGCAUAUGCCCAAAAAUAGCUGACAAACUGAUUCAGUUCAAAUCAGUUCACGAACCCAUGUUCCGUGCGGGAUUAUAAUUCACAUAAAGUAUAAAACUGUAACAAUAGCCAAGGCGAUAAUGCCAUUUCCGUCAGUCGUGUUUAUAUAAAGCCGGUCUGCUAAGUAGCUAUCGUUACGAAGCUUUACAGACAAAACAUAUUUC